CUUAUACUGCCUACUACGGGAUAUUUGCGAUUGGUUCAUCCCUCCCUCUCCUCCCUCCCUCCCGCGUGAUUGUAUGUAAAUCCGGUCGGGACUGAGCCAGUAGGUGAGGUUGGGGCUGGUGGCUCCUGCCUCGGUGGCGCACACGAGACCCGAGAGCGGCCGAGGUGAGAUCGCUGUGCCGUCGGAGCUGUCCACUGUGCCGUGGUGCUGAACUCCUCUUCACUCUCUCGUUGUUCGCCCUCCUCUAUCGGCUCCACUGUGCAUUGGUGAUAUUUUGGGAAAGGAUUAACAGCCUUCCCUUUGGCUGCUUAUCGGCGCAAACUUCUCCCGAGGACAUCUCUCUCUCUCUCUCUCUCUCUCUCUCUCUCUCUCUCUCUCUCUCUCUCUCUCUCUCUCCCUCUCCACACAUCGGAAAUUACACCCCACCAGCCGUGGAUUUGACCUGAGCUCGAGAUUAUCUUUGAUAAUAGUUUGUUGAGAAGUGUUGUUUCCCUCCGUUCACUCCUAAUCUCGCUUGGAUUAUCCUCCUGGAUGGUUUACGUCUGGACACACAGGAAAAGACCAAUGAAGACAGCCAGAUGGUGGUCCGCGGCAAUCUUAUUGUUGGGGCUCGUUGCGCUCGGCGCCAACGGGAGACCCAACAAGGAGGGAUUCAGGUCGCCGCCCUAUCGACCAGUCGUGAGAUUCCGACACAAGGAUGGGAUCCCUGAGAGCCUGAGGAUAAAGGGUUUUAUGGGACACAAUGGCUAUCCAGGUCCAUGUGAACACAAGUACUGUGGCUUGGGGCGUCACUGUGUGGUUAACCAUGAUACUGACCAAGGGGAGUGUAAGUGCUUGGAUCACUGUAAACCGCACUAUAAACCUGUGUGCGGUUCAGAUGGGAAGCUGUACCAGAACCAUUGUGAGCUCCACCGGGCCUCCUGUCUCAGAGGACAUAGGAUUACCAUCAUGCACAGCGAGGAGUGCUUCUACAAAGAUGACAACUGCAGACUGAGUGACUACCGUGGGCUGAAAAUCAAGAUUCUGGAUUUGCAUGACAAACGAUACAUGGGCUCCAACAUCCAUGGGGCCCACAAGGACAACAUGGCGGCCAGGAAGCAACUGGUUGAUAUGAUGUUCAAACGCUUUGAUACAGAUAACAAUGGUCAAAUAGAUGCCAGCGAACUCUCACAGGUUAUCAAGCAAGAAGGUCUGUCCAAGGAUGUCUCAGAGUGCACAUUGUUCGACCUGCUGAAGUACAAUGACGUCAAUGACGACGAGCACCUGACAAAAGAGGAGUUUUACACAGCUUUUGAUGUGUACCUGCUCACCCUCCCAGACGACCAGAAAGUGAGCGUCACCACUGUAACAGUUGGCCAGAGCACCGUUUUGACUUGUGCCAUCACUGGAGAGCGGAGGCCUCCUAUAUUGUGGAAGAGAAACCAUCAAUAUCUGAACUCCUUGAACCUGGAAGACAUUAAUAUGCCGUCCCAGGACUUUGGGGAUGAUGGCUCACUAUACAUCACCAAGGUGACCACAACCCACAUGGGCAACUAUACCUGUCAUGCCGAUGGCUACGAGAAACUUUUCCAGACCCACACGCUUCAAGUGAAUGUUCCUCCCGUUAUCAGAGUGUACCCAGAGAGCCAAGCGAGGGAGCCGGGCGUCACUGCCAGCCUGCGCUGCCAUGCUGAGGGCAUUCCCAGCCCACAGCUGGCCUGGCUGAAGAACGGCAUGGACAUCACAACCAAGCUGUCCAAACAGCUCACCCUGCAAGCUAAUGGAAGUGAGGUGCACAUCAGCAACGUACACUUUGAAGACACCGGCGCCUAUACCUGCAUUGCCAAAAAUGAGGCUGGCGUGGAUGAGGACAUAUCUUCGCUAUUUGUGGAGGACUCUGCGCGAAAAACUUUGGCAAACAUUUUGUGGAGAGAAGAAGGUCUCGGCAUUGGAAACAUGUUCUACGUGUUCUAUGAUGACGGUAUUAAAGUAAUUCAGCCUGUGGCAUGUGAGAUACAACGGCACAUUAAACCCAGUGAGAAACUGCUAGCUCUGCAGGAGGAGGUGUGCCCCACCUCACCAGGAGAAGAGGUUCAGAGGUGUGUGUGGUCAUCGGCGGUCAACAUCAAGGACAAGUUUAUUUAUGUGACACAGCCAACCUUGGACCGAGUGCUCAUAGUUGACAUCCAGUCUCAGAAGGCUGUCCAGACCGUCAGCACCGACUCAUAUCCUGUGAAGCUUCACUAUGACAAAUCUCACGACCAGGUGUGGCUGCUCAGCUGGGGAGACAUGGAGAAGAAUUUCCCUACUCUCCAGGUGAUCAGUCAAGCCAGUGGAAGAGUCUCACAUCACACUGUCCACACACAGCCAGUCGGCAGACGCUUCGACAGGGUGGACGACUUCUUCAUUCCCGCCUCCAGCCUCAUCAUUAACCACAUCAGAUUUGGCCUCAUCCUUCAUCGAAAUGAGCCUGUUCUCCACAAGAUCGACCUGGAGACGACAUCGUAUGUGAAGAACAUCAGUUUACGGGAGUAUAACUGCAUCCCCAAGUCUGUAGCGUACACCCAUCUUGGCGGCUACUACUUUGUCAACUGCAGGCCUGACUCCACCGGCGCCACGCAGCCCCAACUCAUCUUGGACAGUGUAACAGAUAGUGUGAUCGGCCAAAACCAUGACGUCACCGGCACUCCCUAUGUGUCCCCAGACGGCCACUACUUGGUCACUGUAGAUGAUGGCGACGGCCUAAUGAGGAUCCAGAUGAUCUCAGAGCGGGGAGAGAUCCAAGAGCCCUUUGACAUCCACACUAACCUGCACCUUUCUGAUCUGGCUUUCCAGCGCUCCUUCACCGAAGUCCACCAGUACAACGUGUUUGGCAGCUCUGGCCGUCAAACUGACGCUCUGUAUGUGGAGCUUAGCACCGGCAAAGUCAAGAUGAUAAAGAGCUUGAAAGAGGCCACCAAGUCGUUCGAUUGGCCAUGGAGCAGUAGGAACAGGGUAAUGGCGGGCAGCGGACUGUUUGGACAGUACCUCAUGACCCCCUCCAGAGAGUCCCUCUUCAUCCUUGACGGACGGCUUAACAAGCUCAACUGUGAGAUCACUGAUGUCCUUAAAGGCAACGUGGUAGUGUGGGUCGGGGAGUCUUAGGUCAUAAAGUCAAGACCCAAUGAGCUUUCUUUUCCUCAAAAGGUACUGUUGCACAGAAUUCUGUUGCAGAUAUUUUGAUUUUGUGAGAGCGCAAUAGUGAAUACCACAGAUUCAGAAACCAAAUUGACCAUUUGUAAAUGCAUUGGAUGAGGGACUGCCAUCCCAAAAAAAUAAUAGAUAAAAAGUGAGGGAGUAAUUGAUUGAUAUUGUCUUAAAGCCAAGUUAAAACCAUUUUUUCCACUGGGUGGUUCAUGUUUAAGUCAGCAUAAAGUUGCUUGCUGGUAAUCUUUUUCAGGAAAAUUGGUAUGAAUCCGUAAAUAUGUGCACCUUUGCAUUAUUAUUCACAAUCGGUUGUAUUCAGUGUGUGGGAAUGCUGUAGAUAAUCUCUGAAACAAACCAAUAUUUAAAUGAAUUGGCGAAAUCAAUAUAUAUACACAUAUACAUACAUACUGUAUAUGUCUGGAUUAACUCUUGUAAUUUAAGUUUACCCAUCCCCAACUUUUUCCCGUGCCUUCAAGGAAAAUUCCCCUCCACCAGAGGAAUUAACGUAAUUAUUCCCAGUGUGACUGCAGACUACACCUCUUCCUUUGACCCCUUCAUUUGUGGUGAGCGUGGUUCCUCACAAAUCUAUCGCUCUCGUCUAUCUGUCCGUCCAUUGCAGCCAACUCAGUCUAAUUAAAACAAGCCCUUGCUGUGACCCAAUCCUGUUUGAAGUGGAGGCUGAGAGGUUCAUUAUGGUUGUGCGAUCUGUAACCUUUGAUCCGAAAUUAUAACCAGCGUUGGAACAAAUAUAUAGAUUUUUUCUUUUUUUUUUCCCUUUUUAGUCCAAAGCAGAAAAAUGAAAGUCAGUGACAAUGUUAGUUAAAACUGUACCAGCUUUAUACACGACACAUUGUGAAAUUUAAUAUGUUCCUUAGCAAUGAGUCAAUAGAGAACUCGUGCGUGAAGAAAAUCCUAUCAUAACUUCAAUAUCCCUGGACCAAAAAGAAGAAAAGAAAAGCUCUUAGAGUAUAAUAGAAUGAACUGUGGAAACAUGCAUUGUCUGCUCUGUUUGACAGCAUGUUUCAAGUGGAUGUUUUAAUGUGAAGUAAUGAUGAGCUAUCACACUGGGGAGUGAGGUAGUCGUGGUUGUAUUGUGUAGAGGGUCUUUGAGGAUAGGCUUUGAAUAUAAGAAACAACUCUUUCUGAAUGCUCCUGCAGUAGAUACAUAGCUGGCAAGUCUAUGAAACAGUUUCCUAGCUGGACACAUUUCUAUGCAUUUUCACCCUGGCACUCUAUGACUCUGUGAAUCACAAUGGGCAACUGUAUCUCGAUUUAGUACGGACUUUUGAUGUGUACAGAUUAUAUAAAGUCAUUCUGUCUUUCCUGUUAAAUCUUACUAAUAUAUAUUUUGAUUUUAAUUUAAUUUGAUGCUUUUGUUCCCCAGUCAUGUUGUUUUCCAACCUUUAACUGUACUGCUGAUGAUGAUCUCUGAACUUUCUCUCUAUUUAUGUUCUGUACAUAGCGGCUGACUGUGAGUCCAUUAGUUUCCCAUCGAUGUACAGAUUCACGCAGGUUCUUUUCAUUUUCUGAGCCAAUAAUCACACUCCUUUUUAAGAAAUGAAAACACACAGCUAUCAUUAUGAACAUCCUGUACCCAAGCACAUUGUGAUCACAAACAACGCUUUCACCUUCAUAUAGCCAUGUCUUGUAUGUUUCUUCAUGUGAUUGUUAUUUAUAUAGAGAAAACACGCUUGUCAUUUUAUCCAACAAUAAAAACUAGACCAUGAAAAACAA